AUGAUCAACCCUGGCAGACAAGGUAAAGAUCAGCCCUGCCAGACAAGGUGGAUGAUGACUGAGUGGACGUCUUGCUCUCGUACCUGUGGUAGAGGCUCUCAGAGCAGACAGGUUGCCUGCACCUUGCAGCUAGCCAACGGCACCCUGGUCAAAGCCAAGGACCGCGACUGUGCCGGCCCCAAGCCGGCCCCCACACAGCGCUGCGAGGGCCAGGACUGUCUCACCGUGUGGGAGGCUGGUGUGUGGUCUGAGUGCUCGGUGAAGUGUGGGCGGGGGGCGCGCCAUCGGCUGGUGAAGUGCACCAACCCACGGAAGAAGUGUGACCUGUCGACCCUUCCCCGUGAGACGGAGGACUGUGAGGACUACUCCAAGUGUUACAUCUGGAGGACAGGAGACUGGGCCAAGUGCUCGGUCACCUGUGGUAAAAGCAUGCAGUCCCGGGUUAUCCAGUGCAUGCACAAGAUCACCGGGCGCCACGGCAACGAGUGCUUCUCGUCGGAGAAGCCAGCGGCGUACCGGCCAUGUCAGCAGCAGGCGUGCAACGAGAGGAUCAACGUCAACACCAUCACCUCGCCACGCCUGGCUGCCCUGACGUUCAAGUGUUUACGGGACCAGUGGCCGGUUUACUGCAAAGUCAUCCGCGAGAAGAACCUCUGCCAAGACAUGCGCUGGUAUCAACGCUGCUGUGAAACUUGCCGGGACUUUUACGCACAGAAGAUGCAGCAGAGGAGUUGACCCUCCCCUCGCCCCCUCGCCCCCUCCUUCCAGGGGCGAACUUAGGUGUCAAAUCCUAUUUAUGUAUAUCAAGUGCACUUAUUCCAACACGUGGGAUGGACAGAACACACCUGUUUCAACCUAACCAGCGGUAGAUUAUAAGCACUGUAAAUGUGUCAUUAGUACGUUGUGUUAUUGGUAUUGAGUCCAUACUAUGUCAUGUUAUUGGUAUUGAGUCGAUACUAUGUCAUGUUAUUGGUAUUGAGUCCAUACAAUGUCAUGUUAUUGGUAUUGAGUCGAUACUAUGUCAUGUUAUUGGUAUUGAGUCGAUACUAUGUCAUGUUAUUGGUAUUGAGUCGAUA